UCUACAGCCUCCCUCCCCAGCAGAGCUGCAAAGACAACAGCAGAGCAGCCAUGGCCACGGAGCUUGAAGAACUGGUGGGCUUUCUUUCCUCUCCUUCCCCACCUGUGAAGAAGGCAGCUGUUGAAAUAGUUCGAGACUUAACUGGAUCCGAGGAUGGGUUACUGUCUCUUUCCAAGCAUGCCAGUACUGUGCUUCCUUCAUUAUCUCAGCUUCUUAAGGAUAAAAUGGAGGUUUCUGAACCUGCAGCAGAAGCUCUUAUUAAUCUUUCACUCAACUCGAAUUUAGCUGCAAAGAUGGUUGAAAUGGGGAUGAUUAAAACAGCCAUGGAUGUAUUGUAUAAACCAGAUAGUAGCAUUACUCGGUUGCUGGUAAUGCUACUAGUUAACCUUACUCAAUUGGAUUCUGGUAUUGUGUCCUUGCUUCGGAUUGAGGAUGAGAAGAUGCAAGGGCUAUUUGUUAUGAAGCUGGUGAGAUCAUUUUGUAGAUCCUCUGACAAAACUAGAGAUGAUCCGUUUGAUCAUGUUGGUUCCAUUCUUGUGAACAUUUCGAAGAAAGAAGCUGGAAGGAAGAUGUUACUAGACUCUAAGAGAGGGUUGCUGAAGCAGAUUCUCCGACAAUUUGAUUCAACAAGUCCAUUAUGGAAGAAAGGGGUUUUUGGAACACUCCGCAACUGUUGUUUUGAAGCUGAGAAUCAACUUCAGAAUUUGCUUUUGAUAACUGAGUUUCUUUGGCCAGCUCUACUUCUUCCUGUUGCUGGUAAAAGGGGAGAUUGUGCAAGGAGACCCAGAACAUAGUUGCUAGUUGAAGCACACAACCUGCAAGAUUCUUCACUCUCUUAUCAUAACCUGGGAUAUAAGGCAUCCAGAGCAGCAACUUCAUGUGAUCCACCCCAACUCUGAAUUAAAAUUUUUAUUUACCUAGGAACAAACAUGGCUGGAUGACGUAAAACUACCCUGAACUUUGUGUCAAAGUAAACUUAGCCCCUAAACUUUAAUUUGUUUUUAUUAGAGUACCUUGACUAAUUUUUUGUAAAAAAAGGCCCCUCCGUCCAGGUUUCUGUCCCUGUUAUUUAUUUAUUUUCAAAUCAUGUGUUUUCACGACACAUGUCUUGUUUCUAGACCAUUACCUGUGGUCAAAAUUAACGAAAGGGUCUAUUUUUUACCAAAAAAUAGGUCGAGUUACUCAAAUAAAAAAAAAAGAUCAGGGCUAAGUUCAGUUCAACCCAAACUUCAAGGUAGUUUUGGGUCAUUUAGCCAACAAACAUUGGACAACAAAUAAUCAGAAACUUCCCCUUUCAACCAUGGGCCAUUCUUCCAAGCGUCCAUUUUGAGCUCUGAAACAAUUUCAUUACUGUUUUAUGCUAUGACCCAUUCAGUUUGAAAUUAUGUUUAAGCACAUGCUCAUAAUUAAAUAGCUAUAAGCUGCAUUACAACAGUUUA